AUGAAAGGAGAAACAGAGUUUACCGGAAUACUUCGGGGAUUCGAUGCAUAUCUUACGAUGAUUUUAGAAGACGUAACAGUGUCAACCCUCACAAAUCAUGGAGUUGUUUCAAAUAAGAUGAGCCGCGCUCUAGUGAAUGGACGAUGUAUUUGCAUGGUACGCUUUUGGUUCUGUUUUUGUUUGUAG